UCGAUCACUAACAUCUGUCUGCGGCAAAGUACCACAAUGACGCAGGAAGCAACCGAAAAAAAUGGCCCUCAAACAGGAUCUUCAGCAAACACCAGUCAGAAAUCUCAACACCGCGUCCUUAUCGAGUCCUUCUACGGCGAGACCAGAGCAUUACAGGAUCCCGAUGCUUAUAUCAGAUACCUUUGCGACAAAAUGAUUUCGCAACGCCCAUGGAUCAAGUUUGAAGACAUCUACCGGCAUCUGAAAUGCGUCUGCACCCGCCACUCAUUUCCUGUUCGUCCAGGUCCAGGAUGCCUAAAUAACUCAGAAGGAAAGCCUAGCCACCAAAUAAUUGCAGACUUCCCCAUGUCCCAUCGGUGUUUCCUCACCUUCAACCGCCUCCUGGACUACCUUAAUGGUUGUUUCACCAAGCACAAAGAUUGGCGUGAAGCUGUCAGCAAGCAUGGCGAAGUUCCGUUCGAUUGUGAACUAUUCACGCGAGGCUUUUUCGCCGCUCGUACAGCUUUGGGUUACGGAACAACCCGGUUCACUCUGCUGGGCGGCCCCAAAGAGAGGAUCUGGACCGACGGAAUCGACAGGUCGAAACUUGGUUAUUUGAACCACGACCCAAACACGCCACGAGGCCAAGUGCAUCCGUUUUGGGCAGGCUUUUACGAGCACCAGGCUGCCAACUGGGAGAACAGAAUCGAGCCUGCAGUCAAAGAAGCCAUGCGAACUUUUGGGAAGGAUCGGAGGCAAGAGCUCAAGCGGAAACGGGAUGAUCCCAACGACGGAAACACGCCAAAGCCUCAGGCUCGUUAUAACGCCAGCAGUUAUGGGCACGAGUCUGAAAGUAGCGACGACCUUGACAUCAAGGGCGUCCCGCAAAAGGCACCGUCAAAGAUCAAAGGCGUACUUUUCGUUAUACAAGCCAAACAAGACGCUGCCAAAUCAUCGGCAGACUCGGUCAGCGCUGCUCCCAAAUCACCACCAACAGCCACAGCAACCAUAAAGUCCGAGACAGAUUCGCCGGCAGAGGCUCCCAACGAGCCCUUUGUCACGCCGACUAGAACCGUGCCAAAAACACCUGGGAAACAUGUUGAUGCAGCUUCACCCACUACCCUGCGCCGCAGCACCAGGCUAGUUCAAAGCCCCCGUGGGCAGACACCCCUGCAAAGUUUCCCCGCCGGGGCGAACGCUCAGGAUGGCGAGGAGAGUGACAGCUCGGUGACAGUCGGCUUUCCGACUCCUCGUCGGAAGCGGGUGUGA